AUGGUCAAGCGCAAGCAAGAUCUCGGCGAUGUGUCCAUGGGCGGCACCAAUGCCCAGGACUCCGACUCCGACUCUGACAUUGACAUGGUCAAUGUUGAUUUCGAGUGGUUUGACCCGCAGCCCGCCAUCUUCGAUCUGUCCGCACUGGCCGACCUGAUUCUGUCGCAGCCAACGCUGGGCUCGACCGUCAAGACGGAUGGCAACGAGUCGGACCCAUAUGCGUUUUUGUCAAUUAUCAAUUUACAGGAGCACAAGGACAAGCCCGUUAUUCAGGACCUGAUCAAAUACAUCAAAACCAAGGCCGCCGCCAACCCCUCCCUCGCUGCUCUAAACGAGCUCCUUUCCCAGAAAACCGUCCCAUCUAUCGGCCUGGUUCUCACCGAGCGUGUGAUCAACAUGCCGGGACAAAUUGUUCCGCCCAUGUACAAUAUGCUUCUGGAAGAAAUGGCCUGGGCGAUCCAGGACAAAGAACCUUACUCCUUCACACACUACCUGAUUAUCUCGAGGGGAUACGAGGAGGUCGAGUCCAAGCUUGAUAUCCAGGAAUCGCGCCCGCAGAAGAAAUCCAAGAAGGGAUCCAAGGAGAACCCGCACUAUUUCUUCCACCCCGAGGAUGAGGUGCUGCAGCGCCACGCACUGUGCUCGGGCACACUCGAGUUUACGCACCAACAGGAUGACGGCCACUCCGACUCCAAGCGAGCGUUCCAGGAACUUGGUAUCCGGACCAAUGGCAGUUUGAUCCUUAUCGACGGCGCUCAGUUCGAGCCGGCCGUGAAGGCAGUGGGAGAGUAUCUGUCUUGA